UACCGUCGCUGAUCAACUCCUGCAGUUGUUUCUCGCCUCUCACGUGUUUAAUGACAUGCAAUUUUACAACGUAUCUUUACCGAGUCCUUGGGUUAGGAAACUAUAUAAACCGAAUGUUUAUAAUUGGUCAAGCUAGCAUUUGGGAUUUUUAACUAAGCAGAAUGUCGUUCUGCACACUUGCCCUAUUCUGUGCUACCGCGUUUGUGCUCGCUGCGGCUCAAGAAAUAGAGCUUCCUGUCACAACCUGCAAGCAUGAUGCAGAUGACUAUGCGUCUUGCUUAAAAGCAGCAGUAAUAGAAGCGUGGCCGAAAUUCGUCCCAGGUAUUCCGGAUAUCGGUGUGCCAGUUUUGGAUCCGUACUUUACCGAAGAGGAAAGAAUCUUGUACGAAGCUGAAGACAUAAAAUUAGAUGUAACAGUCAAAAAUGUUAACACCUACGGACUUGCGAAGAUUGAAUUCUUAGCUGUAAGACCAUAUUAUUCUGACAAUUUCUUCAAAUUGGAGUUUGAUUUCGCUCUGCCAAAGGCGCUUAUGGAGGGUAAUUUCAAGGCGGAUGGAACUGUGAAAGCGUUCCACAUGGGUGGCGAAGGAACGUUCAAUAUUAGCAUGGAAGAUGUUAAAGGCUCGUGGAUAGUAGAAGGUGGGGUAGCUAACGAUAGAUGGACAAUCGAACAUUUCUAUCUAAAUCCGGAAAUCGGAAAAAUGAAUGUCUGGUUUAGUGAUAUGUUCAAUGGUAACAACGAACUCACCGAUGCCGCCUUAAAAUUCGUUAACGAAUAUUGGCCGACCUUGUAUCGUCAGAUGCUGCCAAUGCUUGCAAAGAACUGGGAUGAACAUGUUACUGAGGUCCUUAAUAGUAUAUUCUCAAAAGUAUCUUUUUCGAAGACGUUCCCUUGAGACCCUUGAAAAUGCGUUUCUUUUUCUGCUAUGAUACGUACAUAGCGUAGUAUGAUCAAAGGGGCGCUGAAUUUGGAAUAUUUUGAGCGACUGCUUAAAGUCGAAAGUAACUAAAAUUUUUUUAUUAAAAAUCUGUGAACAUCCCGGCGUAAUAAGUUUUUUCUUCUUUCACCGUGCGUACUCCUAAUAAUGUUAUUUAGAUUUAUACGACGUCGACAUGCGUGUGAAUCGUGCGAGAAUAGCGAGUUCAAUAUAUAAUUAUAUAUUAGGUAACGUGUAAACAUUUUUAUCUUUGUUACUGUUAUUAUGUUAUUGCUAUUUUCACUAGUGAUUGUUUAUGUAAAGCACAGACGUAAUAAAUAUCAAAAUAAGAAGUAAGUA